AUGAGCGUAUUAGCUUGAUAACUGCAUCAGUGCAUCACCUAUCUUUAUAAUGAACUGAUUGAUCAGUCAGUUUUUUCAUUUUCUAUUGAAAAUGCAUUUUGGUUAUCUACUCUCUGCAACAUUCUUAACGUGCUUAGAACCAUGGCUGAUCGGUGCACGGGGAGUAAAGAAUCCACUCCUAAAAACUAUGUGCAAUUUGAAAACGGAUCAACUCAUCAAAUAUUAUGGCUAUGAUGCUGAGAGACAUGAAGUAACCACCGAAGACGGAUACAUUUUAACGAUUUUCCGGUGCAAUUCGAAAAACUCAACGCAACAAUCAAAGCCUCCCGUUAUUGUUCAGCACGGUAUCUUGGUGUCAUCUGAUGAUUUCUGCAUAAGUCCACCGGGUCAGUCUUUAGCAUAUGUCUUGGCAGAUAGCGGCUACGACGUUUGGUUGGCUAAUUCACGGGGAAAUGUUUAUUCUCGCAGGCACAAAACAAAAGAUCCGAAUAGUUGGUCGGGUGAUUUUUGGAAUUUUUCAUGGCUGGAAAUGGGCAUUUACGACCAUCCCGCUGUUAUCGAUUACAUCCUGUACAAAACAGGACACUCGAAAUUGUAUUACUUGGGACAUUCACAAGGAACUACAAAUUUGCUAGUUUUGCUAUCUGAACGGCCGGAAUAUAAUCAGAAAAUAUAUGCAGCCAGUCUAAUGGCACCAGCGGUGUACUUUUCUCACAUGGAAGUACUCACCAGUAUUUUGGCGUUGGUACCGGCGGCAGUUAAUUACUUAGAAUCCAUACCCAACACAGAGGUUUUUCCGAGAGACCGUUUGUUUACGGAGGAUUUUAAUACAUUUUGCACGGACAAUUUGGCGUUCUGUGACUUAUGGCUAGAUCUGAUCACCGGACCGAGUGAAAACCAAAGAAAUGAGACAAUGAUGCCGAUUUUUAUGUGCCACAACCCGAGUGGAACGUCAUUGAGACAGAUCGUCCAUUAUUACCAAACGAUUAAAUUUGGUACUUUCGCGAAAUACAAAAACGGGAAGGAAAUUCCAUCGGAUUUCGAACUUUCACGGAUUACAGCGCCCAUUAGCCUGCACAUGUCUGUGAGUGAUAUGCUCACUAAAUUGUCCGAUGGACUAAAGCUUGUGCCCAAACUAAACAACAGUGAAGUUUUCGUGCAUAUUAUCAAUGGCACUAAACUCAAUCACGUCGACUUCGCAUGGGGAAUGAACUCAGCCAAAAUAGUUUAUUCGGAAAUCAUAAAAUUCUUUCGGAAACAUCAAAAUUAAUUCAAAGUUUCAAAUGAUAAAUAAAGCUUCGGAAGGGUGUGUGUGUAUG